UUCUUACACACCUGACAGCCGCCAAACAAGUCAAGAAAACAGAUUAAUUAUGUAGUAAGUUAUUUGAAAGACAUCACUAGCGCAGAUAUGGAUGUGCGUUGGCUUGCGUGUGAAAGAGAGCGAGAACAAGCUUGCGCGUGCACGCGCGUCGCGGUUGCUUAGUUGCGCGCAGUUGAUCUACUGUAGCAGGUCACUUGAAACACAAAAACAAACCAACGACAGACACGUGUUGAUUUAAAGAGGGUCGCCGGCCUUUGUCAUGUAUAUUAUGUCAUGAAUAGACCAUCUGGAGUACCAGCUAUCUUACAGAGGAACCGGCUUGCAGUUAAAUUAAUGAGGACUUUAUUUUCGCCUGACGUGUAGCUGUUUUUGGACUUUACGCGAGAGUCGCGUCGUCAUGGUAACCAUCCGAAGUUAAACAAUAAAGUGUAUUUCCUAGCGCUCACGCUCUGUGUAAAUAAGAGUUCAUGAUAUGAACUGAGCAAGAUGGAUAAAACAGUAAUGUGGGGAAGAGAGAGUUUUUGUAAAAGAAAUGGACAUGGCAUCCAGGAAUGGCCGGAUGGAUGUAAAUAUGAGGGGCAGUUCGUGAAUAAGCUGAAGCAUGGCACUGGUGUCUUCACAUGGCCAAGCGGAGAGUUCUUCAAAGGUUCAUUUUUUAAGGAUUAUCGUCAUGGGAAAGGCCUGUAUUCAUGGCCCAAUGGCGCCAAAUACACAGGGAAGUUUUAUUUGAACCGAAAAGAGGGAUACGGAAUACAAGUUUUCCCAGAUGGAUCAACUUUUGAGGGUCUAUAUCACGCUGAUGAACGCUUUGGCCCUGGGGUAAUGACAUACCCUGAUGGGCGGCAGGAUGUGGGUCUUUGGCACAGAGAGAGGUUACUGCAACUCUGCACCACACUGGAGGGCAGCUUCAGUCUAGAGGAUUUCCCAGAACACAUGGCCAGAUUGCCAAAGUCUCACUUGAAACAACCUCAACUUCCUCUCGAUGUGAAGUCAAGUAGAGACACCGAUCAGGGUCUGUCAGAGGACGAGGAUCGUUUCAUCCUGCCUCCAGACAUUGAGAGAUAUUCCACAGAUUCAGACCAUCUGCCCGUCCCCAGGAGUCUACGCCAGGAACUGGACCUUCACUUUUUUGGUACAAGUGACAUCAGCACAGAGCAGCAGUCACCACUGACAGCCUUGCCGCUACAGCAGCGCAUGAAUGCACACAUUCAGAGACACAGAUUUGAGACAGACACAUUAGACUGGGAUGUCGCAGCAGUGCUGAAUAUGAACAGGACUCCGUUUGGACCCAAAGGUCCCUUGGAGCUGAACUCAGAGAAGCUGAUCAAGGAAGCUUCACGUGGUGAAUGCAGGAAUGUUUACCGAAAUCUCAGAGAUGGACAAGUCCAUCCUGACGUGAGUGACGCACUGGGACAUACGGCUCUCAUAGCAGCCACGGUUAAUUGUCAUGAUGAUGUCAUCCACAUACUGCUGGACAGCGGGGCCGAUGUUAAUAAGUUAAAUGAUGAAGGCUUGUCUGCUCUGGCUGUCUGUCAUGUCCUCUACUACCCACUUCAGUCUUUACAAGAGACGCUGGCUGAGAGAGUGACACAGAACAUCAGCCCAGAGUCACAGAUCAAGCCUUUGGAAGACGCCUCCCAUGAAUCUUCUCCAGAUCCAGUGACAGGAACACCCAAAGAUGAAAGCGGCCAAGAGACAUUUGAGACACCAAGAGAAAGCAGCCAAUUUGACCACAGUCUUGAACCAGAGAACCUCAAUGACCUGGAGAAACUUGAAGCUCAAGAGCAAAUAAAUGAGGAUAUUAAUGAGGAUGAGAUAGUUCCUCAGCCUGACCAACUCGAAGGCCUCAGCAACUCUGAGGAACCUCAACUUCAUGAUCAUGACCCAAACAAUGAGAUAGUCCUUCAACUUGAACAUGAACAAGACAGACCAACAGAAGAACCGCAUGUUGUAAUCAUGUCAAAAUCUAUUCAAGUCUUUGAUGAUAAAAUCCCAUUGGGUUCAGUAUCAUGGCGAGAGAAGGAAGCAAAGACAGUAGCUGACUCUGAGCAAGAGGUGACAAAUCUGGAGACUGAUGAAAACUUGGAGAGGAGCAUCAGGUCAGAUGAUCCUACCUUUGAUUCUGCAUGUUCUAUGGCUAGUUUUCACAUUGACGUCACAGAGGAGAUCAUACAGAAGAGUGCUGAGAUCCUGUGCCAGACAGGAACAGUGACUCCAACAGACACCCAGGAGACAGUCCGUAAAAUUGCACUUCUGAAGACGGAACAUAGGAAUCGAUGGACUACAAUUAAGCUUCUGUUGGAGAGAGGAGCAGACCCAAAUGCCUCUACCGUUCCCAUGCCUGUCAUCUUCCUGGCUAUCAAAGCUGCCCAUGUCAAGGGUGUCCGUCGUCUGUUGGAGUGUGGGGCUCGUACAGACAUACCUCUACUUCCAGAACAAAAGGGUCUGUAUCCUCUUCACAUAGCAGUGGGUUUAUCUGGAGCAGAGGGUCCUGAAAUCACAGAGCUCCUCCUGCAUGCCCUUGCGGAUCCUGACGUCAAAGCUCUGGAUGCCCAUGAAGUCUAUGAGCUUGAUAAGGCCUUUAAAAUUCAGCAUCUCAUUGCCCCUGGAUCCGUGGCUAAAUUCAGUGAAGCCCCUGUUGAACUUCCUCAGGAAGGCGGGAGGACACCACUACAUGUGGCCUGCCAAAGAGACAGCGAAUAUUCAAAUGCUAGAGAUGUGGUGGCACUUCUCCUUUCUCACAACGCAAAUCCCAACAAUGUGUGGAGUGGCCAUUCACCCCUGUCUCUGGCCAUUUCGAGAGGCAACGACCUUGCUGUGGAUGAACUGCUAGCAGGAGGAGCUGAUCCUAAUCUUCGUCUCACUCGUCAUGUGGGCAGCGCUCUCUGUGCCCUUGUCAACAUCAGCUACGACCGUGGGCCACAUCCACGCAACCAAGUCAAGCUGAAGUUGAUCAAAGCGGGCGCUGACAUCCUCAUGCCUGUCGUGGUGGGCGAGGGCCGCAGGUGCGCUGUGGGAACAGUCGUGGAUUAUGCGCACUGCGCAUUCCAGCAGAACCAGCGCAUGGCUCACACCCCGUACCAUGCUCUCAACAAGCAUGAGAGACAUGCCUAUAACACCCGCCGGCAGUUGCUAGGCCUCAUGGGAGAUCUGCUGAGACAGGCGGUGAUAAGAAUGGAGAAGGAACGGAGCCAAGAUGUACUCGGUGUCAGUCCCACAGAGAAGCUUCUAUGUACCGGAUCAGGAACGACACCGAGUCUGCUGAGCUCUCCUGAGGGGAACAACAGGACUCCCUUUAAUAAACGCAUCAGUCAGAGAGUGCAGAGAAAGCAACGCUUCAAAUACUGCUAUGAGUGCGGCCGUUCAGUGGGUGUGCAGCUGUCGGCCUGUAGCCGCUGUCGUGAGGUCUUUUACUGUAGCAAGACCUGCAAAACAAAAGCGUGGGAUGAGCGCCACAGAGACGAGUGUGUCCGUGUGCCAGUGGUCAGUGGAAAAAGCUUCAGAGAUAAAUGCGCAUCUUUCGGACCAUGUUCACCUCUGUCCACCAAAGACGCUAAAGGCAAGACCUUCCACCUGAGUGUGACCCCAGAAAUACAGGAAUAUGACCCGAACGAGAAUUACAGUUUUAUUUAGAACGUGUUUCAAAGGUCAGUUAAACAUUAGCUGUGUAAAAGGUUACGGCUUCACAUUUUUCAAAUUUUCUGAAAAGAAUGAGAUUAAAAGACUUGAGCAUGUUCAAGAUCUGAGUAGAAAUGAAAAGAAAUGAUUCAAAAACACACACCACAUCCAUUUUGUUUGAACAGCUGUGCAUGUUUAUUACGUAAAACAGACCAAAUUUAUAAAUUCAAACCUCAAAUAAAAUGCAAGUGCUGAAAUAUAA